AUGAUGCCCGGCAGGACCCUGCGCAAGGCCGCGCCACCCGAUCCUCCCGCAGAGCGGGCGGCGGUGGCGGAGUGCGCCCUGCAGCUGCGCAGGAUAGGCGACAAGUGGGACCUGCGGCAGAAGAUCCUGAACCUCCUGGCAAAGCUCUUCUGCCCGGAGACGUGA